AUGAAGACGGUAACCAUAACCAUUUUGCUACUUACUUUAACAACGAGCCAUGCGAUGGUGAGAGGGCGAGACUACAUGAAAGAAAAAGUCUGUCAAGAAUUCAACGUCUUAGGGAAAGAAAAAUUCCGAGCUGGAGCAAUUAUCGCAAGCAGCAGAAAAUACUCCAACGCCACGUACGAGGAAAUCAUGAACGUCGUGAACGAGAUUCUCUCUAUCGCAGAAAAAUGCUGCCCAGAAGGAGCUGAUCCUGAUUGCUAUGAGAAUGAAUCUGUAGCUCUCUCUGCCAAAUCCUGCCGGGAGACUGCUCCAUUCCCCAAGCACCCGGGAAUAGCGGCCUGUUGUACAGAGGUAGGCCUGGAACGAAAGCUGUGCCUGGCAGCCUUGAAGCACCCUCCUAAGGAGUUCCCUACAUACGAGGAGAUAACGGAUGCCACAGUAUGCGAGGACUUCGCAAGGGAUCCCCAGGGCUUUGCAGACAGGUAUCUCUAUGAGUAUUCCACAGACUACAGCAGCGCCCCAUUGCCUGUGCUGGCAGCCUCUACAAUGAGUUACUUAUCCAUGGUCACAUCGUGCUGCACUUCUGCCCAGCCCGUGAUGUGCUUCCUAAAAGAGAAGUUCAGCCGGAGGUCUGCUGUAAUGCUCACCAAAGUGUCCAACAAAAUAUGCUCCCACUAUGAUUUGUUGGGGAAAGAAAGAACCAAGUUCAGCUACAUAACAAAGUUUGCCCAGAAAAGUACCAAUGCUUCACUCGAUGAUGUCAUAGCUCUGGCCACAGAUGCUUCAGAAGUGUUUUCCAGGACCUGCAAUUCAACAACCGAUGACAGCUUCCAGAGAGAGUUGUUGGAGCAUACCACCAAAAUCUGCAGUAAAUUGUCAACCAAAGAUCAAAGGUUUGAUGGCUGCUGUAAAGAUGCAAACACCCUGAGGGCAUAUUUCUGCAUUUAUUCACUCCCGUGGGCCAAAUCUCCCAAUCUUCCUGCUGUUCAAAAACUGAGGAAUGAAGACAUCUGCAAGGGAGGUUUGACUCCAAGAAAUGGACACUACUUAUUUGAGGUUGCUCGAAGGUACACCUAUGCCCCGGAAGCGCUUUUCUCAGUCUUGUUCGAGUCUUCCCGAAAUUUGGUGGAAAGCUGUUGCAAUGACACCGACCCCAAAGCUUGUAUUGAUGUAAAGAGACCAAACAUGAAGGAACAACUAUUUAACUUGUUCGAAAAAGGAAACGAAUUGUGUUCGGAAUAUACACAUCUUACCUUCCUCGAAUUCAAGAAAAAGCUAAGAGAGACCUAUCGCAAGGCACUGCCUGAGGCCACUGAAGAAGUCCUUUCUGGGCUGGUUGAGCAGAGGUCCAACUUCGCUUCCACCUGCUGCCUUAUGAAUGCUCCUCCAAUAUAUUGUGGCUUGCAGAUUAAAACUGGAGCUUCUCAAACGUGUUCCAGUGACGUAUGCUUACUGCACUGA